CCAGUCAAGACGAGGCGAGACAAGGUGACAGAAGAUGCGAGAAGGCACUGGCUCCAGGCCAGUCCACGAUGCUCCCAAGACGCCUCGGAAGGGCUCCGCAUCCGUCCAGGUUCGGGAAGCAGUUCUGGGCCUGGGCCUCCUCGCGCACACGGGCUCCCCCCCUCCGGCAGGGCCGACGGCGCUCCCCCCCGCCAUGCGCAGGGCCCGCUCCGGCCCUCCCCCCCCUGCGGGCUCGACGCCGCCCCGCGCCGCGCGGGGGGAGCAGCCGGCCGGGGCGGGCGUGGCGCGUGCCCGCGGCCAGCCAGCACCGCCCGCCUGCCGCGAGCCGGCGGGCGUCAGGGAGAGCGCCGACGCCGGCAGCGCUGCGGCGGGCGAGGGGGCGGAGGGUGCCCUCGGGCGCGGCGCCGCCGCUGGCAGUGGGGCCACCAUCAGCAGCGGCGGCAUCCACAGCGCGGGGGCACAGGCCUCCAGGGCCUCGCAGGAGCCCCUGCCAGAGGCGCGGCUUCUCGUGGACGUGGGCGCGGAGGAGGGCGCCUCCUCGAGCAUUGCGUCGGAGACCCUGGAGGCAGUUCCGCAGUUCCUGGUCCGCCAGAGGCGCCGCCCGGGCCCGACGCAGCCGCGACGGUUCGCCGACAGCGGCGACCGCGAGCCGACAGCGGUCACCGCCAGUGGCGUAGCGGCGACCGCGAGCUUACAACGGCCGAGAGAAGGCCGGCCAGACGGCAGCGACCACCGCGAGCCUGCGCGGCGGCACGGUCCCGCGGGGCCCCCUGGCGCUGAACCCGCGUCGACGAAGGUAUCGCUGUGAGGGCAGGGCCGCGCGUAGCUGGGAGGGGAGGGAGCUUCGCGAGAUAGACCUGACACGGGAGCUCUUGAGAGCAUGAUCAUGUGAUGCUUUUUUUCUUGCAGCGUCACUGACAGGCCAGUGCAAUCGCGCUUCAUGCCUCCGGAAAGAAAGGUGUCGGGAUUUCAUUAUUACUCGAACACUUCUCGCUCCUCCUCCUUCUCCUCC